CGCGACUCUUUGCUGACCUCCUACAUUCACAUUUACCAUGGCCUCACACUUAGCGAAUAUCUUUGGUACGGAGCAGGACCGUGUAAACUGCUCGUUUUACUACAAAAUUGGUGCAUGUCGCCACGGCGAUCGUUGCUCUCGCAAACACAUCAAGCCGGCCUUUUCUCAAACCAUUCUCCUCCCCAACGUCUACCACAACCCGGCUCACGACCCAGUAUGCACCAAGACCGAGAAGGAGCUGCAGGAGGGCUUUGACGCUGUAUACGAGGAUCUCUACUGCGAGCUGGCAAAAUUUGGGCAUCUGCUGGAACUUCACGUUUGCGACAACGUCGGUGAUCACCUCAUUGGGAAUGUGUAUGCCCGUUACGAGUGGGAGACCGAGGCUCAAGCAGCUGUUGACAAUUUGAAUGAUCGGUGGUAUGCAGGCCGCCCACUGUAUGCUGAGCUUUCCCCCGUCACCGACUUCCGCGAAGCAUGCUGUCGCCAAAACGAGAAUGGCGAAUGUAACCGCGGCGGUUUCUGCAACUUCAUGCACCUACGUCUUGCGUCGCCAGAGCUCGUUCGUUCUCUUCGCCACGGGCAGCGCCUAGAGCGGCGUCUGCACCCUCCAACUACGACCGGUGGUGGUGGUUGGGAGCCUGGUAAGAGGGAAGGAGGCCGUGGCAGGAGCGCCAGUCCAUCGAAGCGUGGAGGCCGACAUGAUGGCGAGGACAGGUGGACGCGCAAGUAGGUGGCAGCUUGCGUUCUUCUCUAGCCGUCUUUUGGUCCAGUCAUUGCUUGGAGCUAUCAGUCUUACUGUAUCACUUCAAUACAUACUUUCUCCCUCGCUACUUGGAAGGCUCCGGGAAUGAGAUACCUGCGAGAUUUAGACCAUUCACAAAUCCCAACGUAUAUAACUCAGUAUGGCAGAUUACGGCAACGUCACGACCAGACCCCAAUGACGAAGAGAUGGAUCGACCUCUAUCCCAUACCGCCCAUAGAUGGAUGGCUUGAAUGACUGCACUAGACGUCAUCAGGCAUAUGCUCGACAGGGAGCCACGUAUCGCUACACAAGCCACCCGCGACAUUCGCCCCUUUUGCCGUCUUGUAAUAAAUCGGGCCAUUGUACGAUGAACCUGUCUACCAACGGCCGAAGCAACUUCCCAGAGAGCGAAAGGUGCCGCACCCGGGCGAACGACUCCACGUAGAUUAGCUUGGGCGACUUCAACCCCAGAAACCUGCUCAGGUAGGCUGCUAUACAGAGCACGAAGCACGUCCCAGGCCCAUUCAAAAGCAGAACAUCCGGAGCGGGGGGGCCAGAAAACAGUGGAGAGGCUGUGAGAUGCCAAAUGCUCGCUGCGAGUGAGAAAACGGCGGAAAAUGGGGCAGUAAGGAAGGACUGGUGCACACGCCGGGCCCGCGGUAUGACUACGAACGAGCAUGGCGCGUCUGAUCCUGAGGUAGAAGGCGUGGAUUGAGAGGCUUCGGUGCUUUUAGCACGUUCCAAGUCCAUGGCUUUGUGCAUACUCAGCGUAUCGCCUUCGCUAAUGAUGUAAGUCCGGGGGAUAUAGCGGUUGAAGUCGAGCGCCGAAAGGAGGCGAAGGGCCUCACUGGUAUGGCCCCCUGAGCCGAGGAAGACUGCGAAGCUACAUACAUCGGAGUCCUCGUGGCGCCCGGAAGGCUUGGCAGACUUCGUCGAGGGGAGGACGGCGUAGAGACGAAGCAAGGUCAACGCGGCAAUCAGCACAGAGAUGAGAGUGAGAAAGCCAAGAGUAUCCAUUUGAGCAAUCUAACUGUUUUGGAUGGACACCGAGCAGUCGAGAAAUACUGGUCGGCAGCAGUUGGCGAGUAUGACACUUCAAUGGGCCGGCCCAGUAUCAUGCAUACCGGACAUGAU